AUGUCUGCUGCAGCUGCUGCUGCUGCUGCAGCAGCAGCCGCUGACAGAAGCAUCUACAGUGUGAGCAGCAGGAGCAGGGGCAGCAGCAGCAACAGCAGCAGCAGCAACUGCGUGUGCAUAGGGAGCCUAGCGCCGCAGCAGCAGGGUUUAUCUGUCUUGUGUGUUGUAGCAGCAGCAGAAGAAGAUCAGCUGCUGCGUGGAGUACAGCAGCACAAACUGUUGUUUCGUGUUGCUGAUAGCAGCGGCUCAAUUAUUGCUGCUCUGUCCUUAGGGCUGCUGCGCUCUGCUGCUGCUGCUGCUGGAGCAGCAGCAGCAGCAGCAGCAGCAGGACCCGCUGCUUCUGCUGCUGCUGCUGCUUCGACUGCAGCAGCAACAGCAGCAGGAGGCGGAGGGAGAAAUGGGCAGCUGUCUGCUGCUGCUUCGGGAGCAGCAGCAGCAGCAGCAGCAGAUGCAGCAGCAGCAGCAGCUUCAGUCUCAAGUGCAGGUGUUUCCGCAGCAGAAGCAGAAGCCUUAAAAUUGCUGCUGCCGCCUUCUGCUGUUUUGCUGCUAGAGGGUGCAUACACCUCUUGGGUCGGCAAUAAACUUGUUUUGUGCGUCAGCGAAGAGGGGCCUCGCGUCGGUCUUCCAGGUGGCCGCAUUAAAGUGUUGGGUUUCUCUGCUCUUUGCUUCUCUUUAACUCCUGAUCGCAGCAAAGCAUUUGCAGCAGCAACAGGAGCAGCAGCAGCAGCAGCAGCAGCAGCAGCAGCAGGGGGAGGGCCUGCUGCUGCUAAUCCUGCUUCC